AUGGGCGGCUCAGUCUCCUCUUCCAUGGAGCCCGGAUACAUCUUCCCCACUAUCCAGACCUUCAACCCACCACUCCGUGUCUACCGCAUCGAAGAGUGUAAGCUUCCCCGGCUAGCCCGUCAGCUUUAUGCCGAGGAGCGGCCUUGCCAUGUGAUGGUCCAGAUCAUACCUGCCGUCGCCGUUCUGAGCGCCUGUCCAGAAGCACUCGUUGUCUUCACCCUGCCCCCUGAAGAGCGCGAAGUUCUGUCAUCAAAGCACUACCCUGAAUCCAUCAUCUCCUAUCCCAGCAUAUACAGCCCCUCUUCUCCCACCUCUAGCAUCCUUGCCCCCGAAAAGAAGGCCCCCCUAUACUCUCCCAAGCCCAUGAUCGCUGAUCCCUUCCGCCGGUCCGACCCAGUCCGCUUCAACAGCCUCGACGGCCGCCAUUUCUCGGGCAUCACGCGAGUCAAAUACUCUUCUUCUCAGGAUGCUAUACAUCCUGACGUGGAUCUGAAUGAUAUCGACUCCAUCACACAAGCGAUGCGGGACGCGAGCUUUGGUCUGGACAGCCCCACAGCUAGACUUGCUCAGAACCGAAUUUCGUCUUUGCCCAACGAUUGCCGGAGCAGCAUCUACUCUGUGUCUCUCCCGGGGCGAGUGUCAGAUGCCCACGACCCCGCGACCGGUACUCCCUUGGUCCGCCCGACCACCCCUGAUACGGGUAUCGUACACGCCUCGGACCUCCAUCGCUUCUCAACUGCCCGAUACAGCCACGCUGCCGGACGUACCAGCGUCAUGAGCCUCCCACCCCUCUGCAACUCGACCACGAUCUCUAUCCCCGAUUCUGCCAUUGUGAAAACCCCGACUACGCCUGCUUUCCACUAUCACCAUCUCGACAGCCGCAGGGGCCAACUUAUUGGGAACGGACGAUCGAGAGCUACGAGCGAGCCGAUCAUGAGCGGUGCGAGUAAGCGAGAGUUGAGGAAAGUGUCGAGCGUAGUGGAUUCCUCAAGUGGGCCAGACUUGGCUCUCAUCAACAGAUCGACACACAAGUUAUCGAGCCAUUCACUUGCUGCCAAGUCUACGCCUGACGCUAUUUUGGAGACCUCGGUUAUGGCACUUGGACAAGAGAGCAAUACUCUGGAUAAUGCCUCCAACCAAGAGAAGACCCUCCCGUUGGUUCCGUUCCCAGUUCCACAGGCAGCAGGGCAGGUGAUCCCAACGCCGAAUGAACCCGCUUUCAAGCUUGCUACCUUGGCUCCUAUGCCCAAGACUGGUGCGGCUCCUAUGCCCAAGCCCAUUCGAAGCAUCCGCCCUCACCCAUCAUCGUCUCCUGACGUCUUUGCUGGUCCCUCCCCAAAGGCCGCGUACACUCGACUGCCACUCAGAGGUCCUCGAACUCCCAACCCUGAGAUCUUCAAGCAUCUUCACCCCGUCACAGGUCAACGGACAGCAUAUCAGGCCGAAGGCAGACGGAGGUGUCGUCUCAGAGACUAUGGAGAAGGCGCAUCGUGGCCAGCCACUCGUGGACCGUUUCCCUAUGAUUUGAUUUGA